AUGGAAAGAGAUAUAAAACGAAAGAAACUCUUGGAUAAUGAUAACAAUCCUUUAAAAAAUAACGAAGCAGCAUAUAGAUAUUCAUAUAAUUAUGGUGAAAAAAAAACAUUUGAAAAACGACACACCGAAAUAAAUAAAUAUUGUGAUAAAAGAAAAUAUAAAAAUUCACCAGAAUUUUAUCACAUACACAAUGAAAAAAAAGAAUAUAAUGCCAAAAUGGCAUCUCAUCAUUAUAAUAAAUCCAAUAAUGAACACAUUGAAGAAUAUUCUAAAAAAAAUUAUGAAAAAAAAAAAAAAAAAUACUCAGAUAACUAUAAUGAUUUUUCAAAAAAAAAUUAUAAAAAUAGUUUUUCAAGUUCCUUUGAAAAAACGAUAAACUAUAAACGCCCUAAGUAUGUAGAUCAUAAAGACGAAUUCUAUAAACAUGAAAAGGAAUUACAACACAACCAUGAUGUUGAUAAACAAAAUGAAAAACACACCAAAGAUGAUAUUGAAGAUAAUUCAAAUAAUAAUGAACAACAUCAAAAUGUUGGAAAUAAAAAUAAAGAAAAUGAUGCAAAUGAUUCAGAAAGUGAAAAUAGUAGUGCUAAAGAAGAAAUAUGUGAUGAAUAUGAUAGUAAUGAAGAAGAAUGUUUAAGUGAUAAUGAAACAGACCAAAUUGAUUGUAUAUUAAAUGGAUGUCGAAGCAUUAAAAAUUAUAAAAAAUUAAAUAAAAUAAGUGAAGGGACAUAUGGAACAGUAUUUAGAGCUCAAAAUAAAAAAACAAAAAAAAUUAUUGCUUUGAAACAACUAAAAAAUUUCUCAAAUAUCCGACAUGAAGGUUUUGCAAUUACAUCGUUAAGAGAAAUUAAUAUUUUGUUACAACUCGACCAUGAAAAUAUUUUGUCUAUUAAAGAAGUUAUAGUAGGAAAGCAUUUAAAUGAUAUAUAUUUAGUUAUGGAAUACAUUGAACAUGAAUUAAAAAUGCUACUAGAUAAUAAAUCACCAGGUUUUACUGUUUCUGAAUUGAAAUGCUUAUUAAAGCAGCUAUUAAAUGGUGUUAAUUAUUUGCACACAAAUUGGGUUAUGCACCGAGAUUUAAAACCAACAAAUUUAUUAUAUAGUAAUAAAGGUAUUUUAAAAAUAUGUGAUUUUGGUAUGGCCAGAAAAUUUAGUCAUGUUGAUAAUCCUAAUUUUACAAAAAAUGUAGUAACUUUAUGGUAUAGAGCUCCUGAAUUAUUAUUAGGAGAAAAAUGCUAUACAAAUAAAAUUGAUAUGUGGAGUAUAGGUUGUAUAUUUGCAGAAAUGAUACUAAAAAAACCUUUAUUUUUAGGUGAAAAUGAAGUUGAUCAAAUGUGGAAAAUAUUAAAUUUGUUAGGAUUACCUGAUAAAGAAACAUAUCCAAAAUUUUAUGAAUACUCUUUUAUAUCAAAAAAUAAAGAUUUAUUCAAAAAAAAAAAAAUUAAAAUGAAUGUUAAUAAUAUUCGAUCUCAUUUUCCUAACAUAGCUAGCCAAUUUUCAGGACUAUAUUUAUCGGAUAUUGGUUUAGAUUUGUUAAAAAAAUUAUUACAUUUUAAUCCACAAGACAGAAUGUCAGCUUCCGAUGCAUUAAAACAUCCUUAUUUUAACGAGUUUCCAAAACCAUUGGAAAUAAGCGAUAUGCCAGUUAUACCUGAUUCGAAUAAAGUUAUUAGAUCAAAUAAAUUGUCGAACCAUUAUAAUUUUAUUAAUCAAAAUACCAUUAUGUUUCGUUCAUAA